UCUUCCUCAUCGGCGCUACUCCUCGAAGCAGAAGGUUUUGGAAUGGCUGGUCCACAGUGCUGUGAAAAUCCGCCGGAUUUGAGCUCGUCUUCCGGCGAUGGCCAUGUGUUGGAGAGCUUCGGAGGCCUCAAGGCCUACAUCACCGGCUCCUCCGAUUCCAAGGCUGCGGUUGUUCUAAUAUCGGAUGUUUAUGGUUAUGAAGCGCCAAACUUGAGGACCCUUGCUGAUAAAACUGCAGCUGCUGGAUUCUUUGUGGUGGUUCCUGAUUUCUUUUAUGGGGAUCCGUACGUUCCAGAAAAGUUACCUAUAUCAACCUGGAUAGGAGGUCACGGCACAGAUAAAGGGUUUGAGGAUGCUAAGCCUGUGAUUGCUGCUCUGAAAAGCAAAGGUUUUUCUGCAGUAGGGGCUGCUGGAUUUUGCUGGGGAGCUAAGGUAGUUGCAGAACUAGCUAAGUCUGAUGAGAUCAAAGCUGCAGUUAUGUUGCAUCCUUCACUUGUUACAGUAGAUGAUACCAAAGGUAUUGGACAUCUUCCAAAUUCAAUUAGGGGCAUUUCUCGGCCAUGGAGGGGAGAUUUCAUAGUCCUGGAAGAAAUGAUGAAGAAUGUUGUGGAGCUUCAUGUAAGCCUGCGACUGCUAGCCAUGGAGAACGAUGACGUCUGGAGCGGACACAAGCGACAACAAUCAGAAGCAAUCGUGCGGCAUCAUGGUAGCAUCAUUGCUUUAGGCGGUUCUGGAGUCAUGGGAUCCAGCGGAGUAAUGGGUAGUAGACUCAAGCAUGCAAUAGUCCUGAGAUCAUGGGUUUCUUCUAUCAGUCAUCGACACAUCAUUUUUUUUAAGAAAAUGAAUAACAAUUGCUCCAUGUCACCAUGUAAGGUUCAUAGCUAUGUGAAAAUCUUUCCUGGGGUUGCACACGGAUGGACGGUGCGCUAUGAUGUUGCUGAUGAAGCGGCUGUGAAGAAGGCUGAAGAAUCUCAUAAGGAAAUGAUUGAUUGGUUUAUUAAGCAUCUUAAUUAAAUAUGCCUUUGGCUCAAAUAAAUCUAUCUAAUAAUAUCUACUAAUGUAGAACUUUUUGUGAAAUUGCUAUGAAUCAUUUGUAAAAUGUUAUCCUAUUUGUACCCUUAAGUUUGAUAUAUUUUGUUAGCUAAGGAGUCAUUUGGGUCGUAUUUA